ACGUCGAUACUUCAUCCAGCACCGCACACACACCAGGCCUUCCUUCUCCGCCGAGUGCAUAACACCGGGGGAUCGAUAAAACCCAGCGGCUUAACCUCAUAAAAAGGAGGUUAGCCGUCGUCCCGUCGCCGUCCUCCUCUCCCGGUCCCAUGGGCUGCACACUUAGCAAGAGCCUCUCGUCGCUGGUGCGCGGCGGCAGCUCGGGCGGCAGUCGCAACAACAAGGGCAACGGCGCUGCCGAGCCCGUGGGCGACCCGCCGCCGCCGCCGGCGCCCGACCCGCGCCACCCGCUCACCGCCCGGCAGAUCUUCAGCAUCACCAAAUCCUGGAAGGCCAUCGCCAGGGCCAUGGAGCCCACCGGCAUCGAGAUGUUCGUCAGACUGUUCCAGGAGAAGGGGGACCUACUGGACUUGUUCGAGAAGUUCCAGGCGCUCCGCACCAAGGAGUCGCAGCGCGAGAGUAUGGAGCUGGCGCAGCACGCCUCCGUGGUCAUGACCACGCUCGACGAAGGCAUCAACGCGCUAGACAACCUCGACUACUUCAUGGACUACCUGCACAACACGGGCAGGCUACACUUCAAGAUCAAGGGCUUCAAGAAGGAAUACUUCUGGCACAUCGAGAACCCAUUCUUGGCUGCCGUGUCCGAGACCCUGGGUGAUCGGUACACGGAGAACAUCGAGAACAUCUACAAGAUCACCAUCCGCUUCAUCCUCGAGACACUCGUCGAAGGCUUCGAACUGGCCGAGAAGGAAGCGGCCGCGUAGCGAUGACGCAAGUCCUCGCACCUUCUCCACGAUGAAAACUGCCUGCGUGUGUACCUGCGAACCACACGCGCUCAUGGAGUCACUGAGUAACGCAGAGUAGCAGCCUCUGCCGAUGCCAGCAGCCCGACUGCAGCCACGUAUGAUCCGCACGUUUGCCAAAAAAAGAAAAACACGAUUGUCGCUAUCCUCCCCGAUGGCCGGAUUUGUGUGAACAUGUCUUCGUCCUUCAUAUUCCCUGUCAUCGCAGUCAGCGUGAAAUGCCACAGACGCUUCAUCGCAUUUGGAUCGUCCCGUUUGCCGCUAGGCCAUUGAGAUAUUUUUCACGAUUGUUCCGCAUUUUAGAGGAACACGAAAAGUCUUGUUGCUUCGUUUUGUUGCUGGUGCGUUCGGAUGACUAUCGAUAGCGCUUAUAAAGGCAUUUCGUGUGUCUAUCUGGUGCAGCAAUGCCACGCUGCGGGUACACUUCGCACCACUCGAAACGUGCGGUGUCUUAAAGAGGCAACAACUUUCAUCGCGUGCUCUUUGCAACGAACGUCGUGGUAGGUUGUGCAGUCUUGCCAUCGUGCUCUAUCAUCUACCUUUAGCGCCAUGUUGAUGGUCGUUCGUAGCAAAGGCAACAACUUGCAUCAUGAGGUCUUUGCCACGAACACACAGGCACAAACACUCCAGAUCGCGAGCGCUGAGAGCGGCUUGUUCCGACGGUCAACUUAUAAAGCACAUGGCGAGGAUGUCAGACGUCGCAGCGUGGAGCGCUGGUGGUCGAAUAAGAUUUGAGAAAUAUCUCAGCUGCAGUACCCUGGCAUUCGGGAUGCAUCGGCUGCACUCACUAAGCGGUUUGCUGGGGUGCAAUCAAGUGUUGUUGCGUUGCAAGAAGGAAGGGACUUCUUGAGUUAGCGUCCUGUAGAACCAUGGACGACGCAUCCAAGAAGUCAUGGCACGUUGUGCGGUUUGGCCAUCGUGCUCUUUCAUUUUCCUGUAUCGCCAUAUUGAUGGUCCUUCGAAGCAAAGGAGCAAGGCAGCCAUCUCAAUGAACCAGUGGGUGCGAUCGGCUGUAAGGCAAAGCAGCUGACCAUGUAGGCUCUGACAGGCAAGGUACUACGCGUACUGAUUGUUUUGCCAUCAGCGUAGCAGCCUUCAUGUAUAGAGUGCAGUGACGCUGCCGUACGCACGCUGGUCACGGGACCCCUACUCUCUCUUAUUCAGUGACUCCAGAAGUUAUUUAGAAGUGUCGCCGCUCGGGGCCUCUCGCGUGUGGCCUUGUGCGUGACGUCACCGCGUCGGGCAGCCAAUGGCGCAGCGCCGCGCCACGGCUCGUUUCUUCGCCAUUACGUGGUCGCCUCACGUGGUUGAUUCCUGCCUGGAAGUGUUUCUCUUCUUUUUUUUUUGUCGGUGAAGAAGAAGGAAGAAAAGCUUUUUUCGCGCAUUUUCUUUCGUCACUAAGCUAUGCGAUUGCGCAAUCGUGUACUGCAGCAUGUGUGUGUGUGCGUGUGUCUACGUGUCAGUGCUCGUGUGACGUCAGAGGAAGUGACAACGACGACCGAAUGCGGAAGCAAGGGUUCCGUUUCUUCGUCGGGGCUAUACUCCAUCGCCUGGCCACGCUCGCCUUCCGCUGUCCUCCUUUUUCCACGCACCGGACCAUGACGUGUGGAGACUUCCGUGACGUCAUCUCGUUGCACGUGACCACCCAAAAUGUGUUUGUUGUUCCGUGUCGUUGUACGCGUGUCGUGUUACAUAAAAUGGCAGCCAUGAAGUAAACGUUUCCCGGGGAAAAACGCCAGUACACCACAUCGUAUACCCUCCCAUGCAUCCCGCGUUUCGCGCUAAGUUCCCUGUAACUGUGACGUGUAUUCGUGUCAAUGCGAAAGCCAAAUGCCAACCCGUAAUUUCGCUGAAGCUGAUUCGCGAUAGUGUACGAGGAAUAGGUUGGUUCGUGGUCCACGCACUUUGGUACAGUAUUAAAAAAGAGUUCGCUACAUUGAGCAAGGUCAACGUCGCCAAACUUUGGGUGAGCACUGUUUUUCAAAGUUCACAAAAUUUCUUUGCGCCAGAUAUUCUACCGUUUAAACUGACAAAGAUUUGUUACAAGCGGUCAAGAUAAGCCUAUGCGCCUAAUAAAAUGACUUCGGGAACCUCACGAACCCUCCAUUAUCCUGGUCUUGGAGGUCGCAGCAUUACGGGGCACAGAACACAGCACUUACAGCUCUCUUCUUGACGCAUCUGUAGAUUACGCGAUAUAAAAAUAAUAUCUCCUAACAUACCCUUGCACUUGUACUUUACGUUCGCAUUGACGCCACUGAAACAGAAGGAAGUACAUUAAAUUGAAGGCAUAAUUGGGGUCUUAACACGUAAACAACGCCUGAACCUGUUCUGUUGUCGUUACGUCUUGUAAAAGAUCAGAAAUUACGCUUAAAACCGCAUCCAAGCAUCAGUUUCUUCCAUCUGUAGUCCAGGAUGUCGGCAUGCGUUGUUUUCCCAUCGUAGCAAGCAUCGAGGAAGUGAAAGAAACUAGGAGCGAGAAUAACGCCACGAUCUUGAAGCCUAGUCGUAAAAGUUUAAGGGAGAAAUAGCCCCUGGUCACGUGAUAGGCAAGAGCUGCCAUAGCUCGGCUCGCCUUGGUUGCGUCUUCUGCGGGGGCCCAAUCCUACCCAGGAGGCACCGCGCGCUAGUCGGGAGGGGCGACGUCAGAGGAGGUUGGUUUGCCGAGUCUUGAGGAGUCAUGUGACGCUCCCUCCUAGUGUUUUCCUUCCUCCAUCGUAGCUAGCAUCCAGUCCAAAUCGAGGUCAUUUAUAACUGCUCCGCCGCUCGAACAACGUGCCAAUCAAAGCGGGCACUGGGACAGCCUAAUGGAGGGUUCGAAACCUAUGCCCUAUGAAAGGUAGCGCACUCAGAAAAGUCGCGCAAUCCGUAUAGCCGAAGUUGAGACUACUUCAGUCGAUGUUUUGUCAGGAAUCCGUACAUUAAUCAACCCACGUCGUUGAAUCGCAUGGUAUGCUAAAGGGGCGGAAUCGCUUGUGAGUACUGCCAUUAGAUGUGUAACUUCAGUCGAUGUUCUUGGUGGUAAACGGCACCAAUGUCUUGUGUCCCUUCGGCGUGUGGCGUAUCGCAAGAGCAACUAGCCGCGAGCCGCCUGUACGUAAGAUUCGAUAUCCUAUUGUGAGAAGCAUGCUAGAUUGGUUUCGGACAUACCGGCCAUUCAUUUGCACUCGAAUCUGCAAACUCGUUUGGACAUACCGGCCACUCAUUUACACGUGAAUCUGCAAGCUCACACGAAGAUUGGACAGGUUGCUUUCUUAACAAAAAACUGUUUCGUCUUUUCUUUUUCACCUUCAUUGAUCUAAUGAAGUAGCACUGUCAGCUUGACGAGUGUUAACUCAAUGUCGGCUAUGUGAACAACAGAAAUGUGGCAAAUUAUUUACCCUCUUAGCUCGAUUCCUUCUACACGCAUUUCAUGUAUGUGUUUCUCAUUGGUAUCCAACGUAGCUAUCUCUUCAUUCGUUCUUUUUGCUCAGAUACGUUUCCAACAGCACGAUUUCGGACAUAUUCGCGAGCCCAAUGACGUCAUCGUGUGAUCUCCCACUUACCCUUUUUGUCUUUUCAGCUCCUUUGAGACGUGAUCUCCUUUGCAGUACCUUAGGCGUGGUACCUAGGCGCUUGCGAGUUCACGACAACUUUAACCUUCUUAUACGUUAGUGCUGGUUGUUUCAUUGACAAGCUUAACAAUUAAUUUGACGUAAAACUCUCGCUUCUGCUGUUCCUCGUCCGUUUUUACUUCGUGGAGAAAAGGAAAAAUUUCAAUCCUUCAAGCCUAACGCCAUUGAGCUGAGAAUGAUUCAACAAUGUGUGUUCGUGCCAUUUUUAUAUAUCUAAGCUUUCGAGGUUCCGUGCAAAAAAGUGAUAAGCAUAUGAACUAAACACUAAUAUGGAAUACAGCGUCAACGUUGCUUGCUUAACUAAAAAAUGUGUCUUUUUUUCUUCACUUUUAUUGACCCAAUGAAGUAGCACUGUAAGCUGAACCAGUGUUAUCCCAAUGUUGGCCCAAUUACGUGCCAAUGUUGGUUCGACAAAGGGCCAAUGUUUGUUUAACAUUGGGCCAAUGUUGGUUAACAACUCGUUUUUGUGGCUCUGCGAAGGGAACGGCAAAACGUGCUUUUAUAACUUCGAACAUGCUGUUGGUGUGCAAACUAGUCACUCGAAAAAUUAUCUGUAAGCCUAGAAAGCUUUCGUGAACUAUAUGUGACCCCGGAAGUCGUGUGAAUGAGAUAUUAUAACCUUUUUUUUUAACAAAGUGAGGCGGCAGUUAGUGAACUUUUGCGAUUGAGCUAUUAUUUGCCAAGGUAUCGUGAAAUCUUCGCUGAAGUUGUGUGGACGUGUACGUUGUAUUCCCAGCGCGAAACACUGAGAGGAAUUAUAGUGGUCGUCCCUUUAACAGUAGAUGAGAUGUUUUAGAGAUAUAUGUUGGGAAAAAAACAUGUCGUCACAAGAAAAAAAAAAAGAAAGCGAGUUUGAUUUCUGGAAAGGUGAUAUCGGUAAGUAAGCCUGAAUCAGUGUGCUGCGGUCAGCUACUCCUCCACGAGGAAACAAGAAAGACGAUGGAGAUCGUUAAAUUUUUUUCGGGAGUUUUCGGCGCCCGUUUGAUACAAACAUACCUGAAGAUCAAAACAGAGAAAGUGCGCGGUCGCCGGCAGAAGUCUGGCAAAUCUCAAAGCUUUUAGCGAAGUGUAGGUGAUAAUUUUAUUAAGCUGAACAAAAUCUCAGGCGGAUAUAUACCGGCUUCAAUGUGAAAAAGAAAAGCGUUUUGAAGUUUCAGCUACCCGUUGAGCCUGAAUCAGCGUAAUGCGGUCAGCUGCAUCUGUCAUCGAGAAAAGGACAAAGGCGAUGAAGUGUAAAUGGAUAUAAGAGAGAUAACUGUCAUUUUCAAAGAUUAUAGACUCAGAUGCAGGCUACAGUAUUAAAAAAGUUUCAGGAGUUUUGGGUGCCCGUUCACAGAUACGUGAGCUCAAAAUGACAAAUGACAACGUGCCCGGUCACCACUAGCGGAACUGAUCAUAAUAUGAAUUAGUAGAAAUCUAGUUGGAAUAUAUGCCGGUUUCAAAAUGAGACUAAAUUUGCAAGUUUUAGCUGCCCGUUAAUGAAAUGAAACAUGAAAUGGACAACGCGCAUGCUUGCCGCAAGCGGGUUGACAUAGGUACUUUGGCAUGAUUUCACUUGAACGUAGAGUGACACCGUGAAACAAAAGCGUCAUGUGUUUGGUAGAUUUGUCAAUUGUGUUCGCGGUUCGCCAAAACUCCCUAAUUAUGGUUACGAAUCGGGGAUAGCGUUGUCUAAGACAAGUGCACUGCGCACCGAAUCAACAUAUGUCGGUUCAUUUACUAUACAGAAAGUAAUAAAUCUAUCUUUAACAAUAAAAGCAGAUAAUGCAGAUCACUACCCGAUGAGUUGGUACGAGAAGCCGCAUUCGCGUAAUAAAAGAAAAGUAUAUUGAUAGAAACGUUCUUGCAUCUUGGCUUCUACAACGCUGUUCGCGACUUUCGGAGAAAAUUCUGUGUCUUGGAAGAUGUGCGCUUCGUGUUUUUGCACAUUUUACGUGAACUGUCGCUAACAUUUUGUGUGUUUGAGUGCUCGUAUUUGGUUAGAAAACUAACAAAACCUUGAUUGUUUUAUUUGCGUUUUUCUAAGAAUCGCCUUCUUUAUUAACACAAGUGUAUGACAUUGCGCAACAGUGUUUGUUAUACGAAAUGUUGUUUGUAAUCUUAUUGAUUUUCUCUUUUCUUUUGAUAUUGAACACAACAGUGCAUGCUUGCCGAGUGUUUUCAUACAUAUUUGCACUCCUGUUCGUAAUGUCUGGUGUCUUAAGGGUUUCAAGUGGUUUUCUUUUGUUCUUUAAGCUUCCUCUGGGCUGUAACUUGAAAAUUUCGCCGGCUUUUCGUUUCUUCCUUCAACCCCGCGACGAAAUUACUUUCUUUAAAAGACUGUUUACAGCAAAUAAGCCAUGCCAUCAGCAUACGGUGUUUCCCACUAUAUACAGUGUAGCAACCCAGACGAUGGUCCAAUCUGCUAUGUUCAUUUCCUUUUUUUUCGGCGCUUUAAAUGCAGAAAAAAGCCGAAACCCUCGCGCUCACAAUACCGCUGCCAGUAACAAAGUUAUAAAUAAGCCUAACUGAAAAAGAAUAUUCAAAUGAACACGACAACUGUAUGUGUGGGUAUAUGUGGUGAACCACUACGAUACAGUGCCGCUUCCAUCGAAAGGGUACUACCAGACACCAUAUCCCACUUCAUCCUGCCUUUUUAAGACACAACCAUGUCUAAACAGAAGUUUUAACAGGGCUUCAUGACGUCAUUUCCGUGACACAUCGUGCCAGGAAGUGUAUAACUGAUGUGAACUAUGUAUUCAGUAUGACUUUGUGGACGUAUAUCAAAGCGAAUCGAACAAUGUAUAGACGUUGGAAUGUAACCGGCCCUUCGUCGCUUUCGGCGUUUUGCAGCCAAAAAAAAAAAAACCUCUGAGUGUCAACGCGUCGCAGAGACUCGGCGUCACGGUCUGUUUUGCCGUCUGUAGCCGCUUAUAACCCGUGAUGACGACGCAGUAAGAGCCAGGAAAAAAACUGUCGAACAUACCGGGGCAGGCAUUCGGUGGUUUUUUUCGGGCGGCCAUGUGUCUGAUGUAGGGUUAUAACUCUCCAAAGGCGGCGACGAAAACGAUCGAAGACGGAUAUAACCGGGACAAGACACGUGAGUCACAUGACUCUCCGAAAGCUCAACGGCAGCACGGUAGGAGACUGGUCGAGCGAAAACAUCGUGCACACGACACACUAUAUAUCCGCUUGUUGUAUAUCCACAUACGUGUAUACCCAACCGCGCGCUCAUUCAUAUAUAUCAACUCGUUCAUCAUAUAUUCGGAGUGUACUUGUCAGGUUUGUCUGCGCCAGGUGGCCAUGGCUGCAAGGCUCGGCGUUCUGUACACUCAAAUAUCGCCAUAUUAUUUUGUCUUGUGCCGCUGCAAUUGGCCCAGCUUCGGCUGCGGCCUCUCCGGUUGGCUCGAAGCGAAAAACAACAUGGCGGAAUGUGACACUACCCUUGGUGUGGCGCACCGCACGUAACUGCCGACGUCACAGACGUGAACGGAACGGCUUAACAGUGGUCCUUUCAAAGCCAAGUCGAGUCGUUGACAGCUUACGGCUAAGAGUUCGUCUCCGCAGACAGCCACGAAAGCCUGUAUGUAUAAACACUCGAUGUGAAAUGUGACGAGGUAGCGAGCGGUAGUGGUGCCUAUGUCUUUAUCUUAACCGUAUGUAACGUCGUGUAACAGCGUUAUUACUUAUCUAUACUAUACUAUACUAUACUAUACUAUACUAUACUAUACUAUACUAUACUAUACUAUACUAUACUAUACUAUACUAUACUAUACUAUACUUUGUGAAUGCUAUUAUAAUCAUUGUGUAUACGCGCACUAACUCUCGCGCCGUGCAGGUCGUGACAACAAGGCGUGCGCUAAAUGGGGCUUAGCUCCACGCCGUACGUUGACAUGCCCUCGCUCGGAUCCCUCUACGUAGCUAGGUCUACUAACAUCGUGUCUAUUGUUUGUAUCAGACUCGGGAUGCUUCGCCGACCAGUUUACACCGAGCUGUGCGGAGGGCUUGUCGGAGGAAGAGAAAGAGAGAUAAGUUGAAUGACACGGAUGGUAGAAGGAGUUCGGCCUGAGGUAUGGUACGUACCUCUAGUCAGCUACUAAGCUCUAGAUGAAGGAUAGGAGAGAAAGAAUGAGAAACAAGGCGGAUGAUGGUGACGACCGAGGGAUGAAGCAAAACACGCAGUGGUCAAGCCUAUACCUACAGGUAGGCUUGACGUAAUUGUAAGUACGGUUGUUGAAUGAGGUCUACUGUGCGCUGGAAGCACAUAAUAGUUUUUUCUACUUUCUCGAUCAGUCCGGCUGACAAAUUCCUAUGAAUUCACUGAGUGCCACCGUACAGCUUACCGCGCUGGGGCAGCGGUAUAUGUCAUAAUAGCUGGCUUCCGAUUGGCUGGAGAAUGCUGGAACAUCACUGUAACAUCGAAGCAUCUAUGCCCGCUUUUGGCUGUAGGUGUUGUUGAACAAAUGUAAGUUAACAAAAAGAGGAUUUCGUGGCAGCUUUGACCCAUACUGAUCAGUUUAUUACCUAAUGUGUUAGCCAGUGUUCAUUGGCGCUUGCUAAAAGUUGAACAAGACGUAUAUAUUUGUGUGUAGUUAUUUUUAUGAUCACUUUACAGUUGUAUUCAACGCUCUGUCUUUCUAUAAAUGAAGACAAGUGUGUCUUGGCAACACUGCUGCAUCCGUGGGUGUUGUGCAUCACAUUUGGAUGUGAUCAAUCGUUUGCACCGCUUUAUCCCACAAAGCGAACAUAAAGCGGUCAUCAAAGGCUUCUACAGAAAAAGUAAGCAUAACACACUCGCAUCGUGUGCAUGUUGUCAUAAAACUUAUCAUAACAUCCGGGUUCAGUAUAUAUUUUCGCUAUUCCAUCAAUAGCUAUAUUUUCUCUUUCAUUUUUCUUCUGUAUUACCCGCCGCAUCAAUCGCGCAAUCGCUUCAAUGUCACCUCCUCACUGGCAAAACCGCAACCACAUGGAAUGCGCUAUCGACCUACAUGCAGUGCGCGCGUCGUCCGGCGUCGGCGCGUCCAUUUCACGCUGCGCUUUUUUACGACGCUGCCAAAACCGGUCGCAACGCGUUCCAUGUGGUUACAGCCAAAAUAGAAAACCCUUACCACUCCUAUAUUCACCGCGAUAACGGCGUGUCUAUCACGUGCAGCGACAAACAGACGUGCCGACGCCGGGCGACACUGUACGCCGAUAAUACGCGGUAAAUACGCUUCAUGUGGUUUCUAUGAGGCAACCACGCUGUACAGCAUUAUCUAUAGCCAUAGUUAGAUGAGCUGGCUCCAGCUCUGUCAAGACGUCUACAAGCCAUCUCUUGACUGUGCGGGGGGAGGUAACAUACGCUGUUGACGAUGCUGAUGCCGCUGGGGAUAUGUUGAUUACCCGUCUGACACCAGACAUUACGAAGUGCUCGCUUUUAUACGCAGUCUGCUGUGCACCUCGUCAUGCGCGUGUUGCUACAAGAAUGUUGGUGUUCGGAAAGGCACUCUGAAAAUGCGUUGUUGUGUGCUCUUUGUCGUUGGAAAGGCCGCGCGCCGGUACAUACUUAUAACAUUGUGUGAAUAAUGUUAAGCGCUAAUCUAGAGGUAUAUAUAUAUAUAUAUAUAUAUAUAUAUAUAUAUAUAUAUAUGCGCAUAUAUAUUAUACAUAUAACGUGGGUGGCUGACUAUUUUGUUUUUGCUAUGGUAAUAAACGAUGAAAGUGAAG